AUGAAUCGCUUUAGUGAUAUUGAUUGUUCAUUUAAAACAUUAACACCUGUCUAUGGUUUUCGUAGUACAGAACUUGUUUCAAUUGAAAAAGCAUUAGAACCAAUAGAAUCUCAAAUUGCUAAUUUAUCAACUUAUAUUAAAAUAGCAAAAAAACAUUGUCAUUAUCCAUCAGAACAUGGUUUAACACAUGAUGAAUCAGCAUCAAUUUAUAUUUAUACAAUGGAAUGGGGUGAACAAACAUUAUAUCGUGUUUUAAAUAAAACUUUAAGAAAUGAAAAUAGACAUUUAUUAAAAGUAUGGUUUCCUUAUUUGAAAUUAUUUGAUACAGCAUUAAAUAAAUUACCAACUGUAAAAGAAAAUGUAUGGCGUGGUAUUACUGACGAUAUUGGCAAAAAUUUUAUUAAAAAUCAAAUAAUAACAUGGUGGAGUAUUAAUUCAUGUUCAUCAUCAGUUAAUAUUAUAAAAGGAUUUCUUGGAAAUAAAAAAAAUUCUACAAUAUUUUUAAUUGAAGCAUUGCAUGGAAAAAAAGUUUCUGGUUAUACACAAUAUGAAAGUGAAGAUGAAAUUAUUUUAAGAUUGGGAACAGAAUUUCGUGUAAAAAGUAAUGCAUUAGAUCAUCCAAAUGGAUCUUAUCUUGUUCAUUUAAUUGAGAUUGAUGAGAAAAAUAAUGAUAAUAAUCAUACAACAGUAGCAUCAUCAUUAGCAUCAGCAAUAUAUCAAAUGUUUUUUACAGCAAAUCAAAUCAGUUCAAAACCAAAAUGGGGCAAAUGGAAACAAAAUGCCAUCACGGUAGUUGCUGGAAAUGGAGAAGGACAACAAUUAAAUCAACUCAAAGAUCCUCGUGGAAUCUUUAUUGAUGAAAACAAAAAUAUUUUCAUUGCUGAUUUUUGUAAUCAUCGUAUUGUUGAAUGGAAAUGCAAUGCAAAAGAAGGACAAAUCGUUGCAGGUGGAAAUGGCAAAGGAAAUCGAAUGAAUCAAUUGAAUUGGCCAAAAGAUACGGUUGUUGAUCAACAAAGUCAUUCGAUCAUUAUUGCUGAUUUUGAGAACAGACGAGUAAUUCAAUGGAUGAAUCAAAAUCAACAAAUUCUCAUUCAUAAUAUUGACUGUUAUUGCUUGGCAAUGGAUAAACAUGGAUUUCUUUAUGUUUCUGAUUAUGUGAAGAAUGAAGUGCGACGAUGGAAAAUGGGAGAAUAUGACAACGAAGGAAUUGUAGUAGUAGGUGGAAAUGGAAAAGGAAACAAACUCAAUCAACUCAAUUAUCCUAGUUUUAUCUUUGUUGAUGAAGAUCAAUCUGUUUAUGUAUCAGAUAGAAAGAAUGAUCGUGUGAUGAAAUGGAGAAAGGAUGCAAAAGAAGGAACAAUUGUAGCUGGAGGAAAUGGUCAAGGCGAGAAUCUCAAUCAAUUGUCUUAUCCUCGAGGAGUCAUUGUUGAUCAUUUGGGUCGAAUCUAUGUAGCAGAUCGUAAGAAUCAUCGAGUAAUGCGUUGGUGUGAAGGAAAAGAAGAGGGUGAAAUUAUUGUUGGUGGAAAUGGUAAAGGAAAUCAAUCAAAUCAAUUCGACGGUACUAUGGGUUUAUCUUUUGAUAUCGAAGGAAAUCUUUAUGUUGCUGAUUCUUUUAAUCAGAGAAUUCAAAAAUUUGAAGUAAUUUUGUAA